AUGACUAGUUAUACAUCACCAUCGUUGCGUUUCGGCAAGAUAGAUCUCGACAAAUAUCCUGCCCUAUCUACAGAUUACUCUGUGUCCCUUUCUCCUACUUCCCUUGAUCUCCCAACCCUGGUACUGCUUAAAAAUGGAAGAGAAAUCAAAAGGUUGCCAGUAAAGUCGGAAGAAUAUCAAACUGGAGAGGGGAGCGAAGAUAAGACUGGAAAGGGCGCCGGAGAAGUGAGCAAGAAUAAGACACUAAGAAAUGUCAGAGAAACUUGGGAUCGAUUAGGAUGGGAUCGGAGUUUGGUAAGGACAGAAUGGACAAAGGAACAGUUUAGACAAACAUAG